AUAAGGCUCCCAUCAGCCGGCCCACUCAUUACCACGUUUUAUAUCCCCCUGCACUCAGAAAGCAUCAUGACAAAGUAGCUCCAUCCUCCCCUUCAACAGGGAAGUGAAGCAGCUUCUCGGAGCAGGUGUCAGCCGCCGCAAACUCCCCACACCACUGGAGCAGAGAGGAACAUAGGAACUUUACUUUUGCUUUUAAAUUUUUUAUUAUUAUAUAUCCUUCUGUUUCCUCCCUUUCCCCCUCUGCUGCAGCGCGCGCACAGCAGGCUUAUGUUGAGUUUUUAAUGUUCUCAAACAUGGUAUCCAAGCUGACAUCUCUGCAGCAGGAGCUCCUCAGCGCCUUGCUGGACUCUGGAGUUUCCAAAGAUGUUCUGAUCCAGGCCCUGGAUGAUAUGGACCCCAGUCCGCCUGGCUUUGGAGUAAAACUGGAGAACUUGCCCAUGUCCCCCGCUCCGCCUCAGAGCGGCAAAAUGAACGGGGUGGACGUCGAUUCGAAGCCCGUCUUCCACACGCUCACCAACGGCCACAACAAGGGCAAGAUCUCCGGGGACGAGUGCUCCGAGGACGGGGACGACUACGACACCCCGCCGAUCCUGAAGGAGCUCCAGUCGCUCAACACGGAGGAGGCCGCGGAGCAGAGGGCGGAGGUGGAUCGCAUGUUGGCAGAGGAUCCAUGGCGUGCUGCCCGCAUGAUCAAAGGUUACAUGCAGCAGCACAACAUCCCCCAACGGGAGGUUGUGGACGUCACAGGGCUGAACCAGUCUCACCUCUCCCAGCACCUCAACAAAGGCACGCCCAUGAAAACACAGAAGCGAGCGGCCCUCUACACUUGGUAUGUCAGGAAACAGCGGGAAAUUCUCCAACAGUUUAACCAGGCAGUGCAAGGCUCAAUGGGCAACAUGACAGACAAAGGCAAUCAGGAUCCAGUCUUUUUUUUCCCAGAGUUCAACCCGUCUGGUCAGGGCAUGGGUCAGCCAGGUGAAGAGGUCGGCAGCGAACCCUCCUGCAAGAAAAUGAGACGUAACCGUUUCAAAUGGGGGCCUGCGUCCCAGCAGAUCCUGUACCAGGCCUAUGAACGCCAGAAGAACCCCAGCAAGGAGGAGAGGGAAGCGUUGGUAGAAGAGUGCAACAGAGCCGAAUGUCUUCAAAGAGGCGUCUCCCCCUCCAAAGCUCAGGGCCUCGGCUCUAAUCUGGUCACUGAAGUGCGAGUAUAUAACUGGUUUGCCAACCGGCGCAAAGAGGAAGCCUUCAGACAGAAGUUGGCCAUGGACGCCAUCAACGUACCGCCCCACAGCAUGAACCCUCUGCUGUCCCACAGCUCGCCACAUCAUCCCCACACCAGCAUUUCCCCUCCAAUGCGUUACAGCCAAGGCCCCGGUGAGGUCACCUCCUCCACAACCAUCAGUCACCACAGUAACAACGCCAUGGUGACCAGCCAGUCGGUGCUCCAGCAGGUGUCUCCGGGAGGAUUGGACCACAGCCACAGUCUGCUGUCACCUGACGGCAAGAUGAUCUCAGGUUCAGGUGGAGGUCUUCCUCCAGUCAGCACAUUGACCAACAUCCACAGUUCCCAUCACAACCACCAGCAGACACAGAACCUCAUCAUGCCUCUAUCUGGAGUCAUGGCCAUAGCACAGAGUUUAAACACAUCGCAAUCUCAGUCGGUGCCAGUGAUCAACAGCGUGGCGGGCAGCCUAGCGGCGCUGCAGCCGGUGCAGUUUUCCCAGCAGCUCCACAGCCCCCACCAGCAGAGCCUGAUGCAGCAUUCCCCCAGUCACAUGAGUCAGCAGCCGUUCAUGGCAACCGUCACACACUCGCACAUGUAUUCUCACAAGCAAGAGCCACCACAAUAUUCCCACCCAUCACGUUUCCCCUCGGCCAUGGUCGUCACAGACGGCAACAGCCUCAGCACCCUGAGCUCCAUGUCAUCAAAUAAGACGGACGUUCCUGUAAACAAGAUGGUCCAACUCGGGGGUCUCUCAUGGUGUCCUCUUCAAGCUUGGUGAGAGCGUCCACCUGACUUACUCGGUGCUCAGCAACGGGAGCACAUUUUUCCACCCUCUCACCGUGGUAACCAUGACAACUCUUAAUAAGCGGCAACGCCGCGCUGGAUGAUGAGUCAGUCAACAAAACUAGAGGAGUGCUGACGACCGUGGGCCAAGCGGUGAAAAUGAGAAAUGGGGACAGAGAGGGGGGGAAAAAAAAGAAGCUUGCUGCACCUGAAAGUGAGGAGACUGGAUUCCCCUCUGCGCACACACACGAUCAACAAAGAUGAUUCUAACACAAUCUUUGAAAACAGUAUUCAGUUUUUUAUACCACCUGUCAUCCUCUUUUCUGACAUUACCAUGGAACAAAAACCAAGCACCCCAAUAUGGCUCAAAAACUAUGGCGGUACCGACUUGAAUGAAGGCUCUGGGACAACCGAUAUUACUCUGCGAUUUAAGGUGGAAAUAUGAAGACACCAUGAAACUAUAACAGAGACAGUGAUUAGCCUCUGUGAAGGCUGAACGACUCACAGCACGUUCCUGGAUGUGAACACAAACUGCGUGACAAUCACAAGGACCCCGUACUGAUCUUGAGCGUGCAUUCUUACUGGGCCUUAACGGAGUCUUCCAUAUUAUUCUUUCACACGCAGCUUUACUGUGCUAGCAUUAGUGCCGGUGAUUAAGCCGAGGGAUUCAUCAGUUCAGGAGUUGUUCAAUGUGUAUACUGUGAUUGAAGAGACUUUGACAAUCUGGAAAGGACUAUGCAAUGCGUCGCAAAGGUGGAUGCAAUUCUUUGUAUGACAGGAGUCUGCGCAGAACUCCACACAAUUGAGACUGGAAAUCAAUAUGCACUAUCAGUGAAGCCACCAACACUUAGCCCAGAGCAUGCAGUACGAACUGUAUGCUGGAGUUGCUGUUGUUGAAGCUGCCUGUAAAAUAACAGAAAAGCGGAUGGAUGAAUGUGUGAAAUGCCAAAGAAUAAGCGUCAGCCAGCAAUGUCGACGGAGGGAGGACUGACUCACUCUCUAACUGUUGCCCUUCCCCUCCGUGUUGUUUGCACACACAGGUUCAGGUGAAUUUCAGGAAUGGGACUCACCCGCCUCCUCCUCCUCCUCCUCCUCUUCUUCUUCCUCCUCCUCCUCCUCCUCCUCCUCCUCCUCCUCCUCCUCCCACUUCCUGCCUCAAUGUGAAGAGAAACCAAAUUGGACCAAUAUUGUUAAUAACUCCUCAUCAUACACCAGGACCCCCUGGGGUUAGAAUGGAAACAUUGACAAGCAUUCUGAAACAAAACAGUCAAAUUAGUGUGGUAUUUUGUGAAGGAGAGAGACAUGACAUAGGGCAGUGUUGUGACAGCAGCUGCUCUCAUCAUACAGGAAUCCACAAAGACUGGGAAACGUUGGGGAGAGGAGCCGCUGCUGUGGGUAGAGACGCCCACGCUAACUGUACCGAAGCGUGUUUGGAUGGAAGAGAACUUCCUUCGCCAGGAACCGGCCAUUUGUGUUUGUUUGCCCCGAAGCAGCGAAGGCGAGGCACAAAGUGUGCAGACGUGAAGCUGUAAGCGAGCGAGCAACGGACUCGUAUUGUAUGCGUCUGCUUCUGUUUGCGAUCAGCUCAGAAGAUCUCAGCGACUGAACUCACCAUUUCCCUCCAGUCGUACGUUUUAGAGGCGGAUCCACACAAAUGACUUUUUAUGUGAAGUUCUGUCGCAACACGCGGCCCCGGUUCAGUUCAGCUGAGGUUAACUUAGCUGGACAAUGAGGAGAAAGGUUGAGAUGGGCGCCACAUUUGGCAUCGAGAAUGCCUAUUACUGCGUAUCACACAGUUCAAUAUUAGGUCAUUACAUUUGUUAUUAUUAUGUUGGUCGGUUGUUUUGUGACUGUUAUUAUAGCCACAUCUACUGCCAUCUGAUCAGAGGGCACUCACACUUUUGUGACAAGAUAUGAUUUUUUUUCUCCUCCUAAUGUAUUAUUUUUGUAUAAACAUUUAAAUCAAUCAUAAAUCAUUAUUUAUACUUUCUGAGAAAAUGUUAAUAUUUCAAGUAAAAGUUUUUCUUUUCAAAAAGAAUACUUGGUUUUGGUUAUUUUGUGUCCACAUUUAAAAAAGAUUGUUCCUUGCUGUAAUAUUACUAUUAUUAUACUUAGUUUAACUAUUUUAUAUGCGGUUGGGAUGGUUUACAACACAUUUAUAUGCAUUUACCAUAUUAGUUUUUAUCAUAUUAAACACAUUUGGAAUACAUUUCCAACAAAAAAAUCUUGAUCUGAGAGUAACUUGUGGCCCAGCCAAUAUCUCUUAGAUACAAGUAGUCAAGCAACAAGUAUACUAUUUCCCCCUGAAAUGUAAAGGAAUAGAAGUUUAAAGUAUGAUAAAAUGGAUGUACCUCAUAUGUCUACUUAGGUGCAAAGCUUGAGUCACUUUCCACCUCUCCAAAAUGUUUAUAACCACUAAAGAUGCUGUGGUGUUGCUGCAUGAUAAGACAGCCUCUUUGAAGUUCAUAGAUCUAGAUUCUGCACAUUACAUUUCAAGCAAUAAGUUCAUUGAACCCGCCAUGUUGAUAGCACAAUUCAUUUCAGCCUUUAUCUGGUUUUAAGAGAGCCCACUGUAAAAAUAAAUACCUGUCAUUACACACAGCUUCAUAUUGGAAAAUACAACUUCUAGAAAUAUAAUAUAAUGUAAUAUCUGCAUAAUAAGUGUGCUAUAAGCCAGUCAUUUAAAAAAUCUUAAGCCUUUUCUGCUUACAAAUAAAAUAUAUCAUAGCCGCUUUAAAGACAUCCACUUUCAAAAUGAAAGUUGCCACUUUAAAACCUAUAGCGACUAAUAUGACUUGGGAAUCCCUUAACUCUGCUUCUCCAUGGCCGUGUUGACCUGCAGCCUCCGCCGUGGAGCCCUGCUGUUUGGAGCCUUGUAAUCCACUGAUGUUGUUCUAUUUGGUUCUCAAUGAGGCCUUUGAUUUUCAGACCCAGGAGGCCUCUAAAGAUCUGACUCUGUGUCUUUUACUCUUUUCUCUAAAAGAAACUGAAAUACUGAAAGGCUCAUUAGCAUCUGUUAGAGUUUGAAAUACAACACUGAACUCUCUAAACAUGACAUUUAAUUCAGCUGUGAAGUAGAGUGUGAAUACAAGCUUGAUUCAUUGAAACGCUCUCGGACAACUAUUAGAAAUGUGCUGCGGACGAUUCUGGCUUCAAACACAGUUUAUAUUUGCUGACCCAGCAGCGAUUAGCUUAUUGUUUCACUUCCCGUGUGUUAGUCUUGUUAUUUGAGGGAUGAGCUUAUGCUUAUUAAUCCGGAAACAAUUUAGGACAUUUUUUUAAUGGAUUGUAUUACCACAGCUAACUUUCUUUGAAAUACAGUCAACGGUUUAUCUGAUCAUCUCAGCGUUCUGAUAAUGCACAUGGUCAACUUGCAGAUGGACACCUAUUUGUUGUUUUGUAUGUCCAUCUCAAUAUAGAUCUAUUCCAGUGUUUUUUUCAUUUAUUACACACGCUGAAUGUUAAAGAAAAUACAGCACACGUUAAAGUUAUUAAAAUUAUAAUAAUGCUU